GAGUAUAUUUAUAGUAUGUUCUUUUUAGACGCAAGAAAUAAAAUUGACAACGUUGGCCCGCACAGACCAGGAAAGAGAGGCCCUGCUGGAGCGAGUGGCCCACAAGGAUCCCCUGGCCCACCUGGUGUUUGCGAUUGUAUCCCCGAAGAAGUAUUAAUAUUGCAGAACGAAAACAAAGAUUUAAAAGAAAAGGUUCAAAGGAUCAGAAAAACAUCUCCAGAAACGUUUUGCCUGCUUGGGAUGAAAGAUGGGAGCAUACCUGACAGUUCAAUUACGGUCUCUUCAAACUCUGGCUCAAAAAAGUACAGCAGACUAGAUCACGGAUCGCAUGGAUGGUAUCCAAACUCAAACAACCCCGGACACGAAUGGAUAAUGACAGACCUUGGUAAAAUUCGACCAGUCACCGGUGUCGUAACACAAGGAAGAUUCAACGCUGACUCUUGGACGAAACAGUUCCAGGUUGAGCAUAGUCGGGAUGGUUUCAACUUUACUGAUGUCAAAAAGAGUGAUGGGAGUGAAAUGGUAUUCCAGGCCAACUCAGAUCGAACAACCAAAGUUGUCAACAGAUUUCCGAAGCCCGUUAAGACAAGAUUUGUUCGAAUCUAUCCCAUGGCCUACCAUAACGGAAUGUAUAUUCGUUUCGAUGUAAUCGAUUGCUGAAUUUAAAAAAAA